AUGAGCGCCCAAGCCGGUCAAUCUUUUGCUCACUCCAAUGCACCCAUCCGCCCCGUGCGUGAGGUGCAGUUCGGUAUCUUGAGUCCCGAAGAGAUUCGAGCCAUCUCGGUCUGCAAAAUCGAGGUUCCCGAAAUCAAGGAUGAAGCGGGCAAGCCAAGGAUCGGCGGUCUCUCAGACCCGCGUCUCGGGACACUCGAUAGAAACUACAAGUGUCAGACCUGCGGUGAAGGUCACCAGGAGUGUCCAGGUCACUUUGGCCACAUCGACCUCGCCAAACCCGUCUUCCACAUCGGCUACCUCGGCAAGGUAAAAAAGAUCCUCGAGUGCGUCUGCUACCACUGCGGUAAGCUAAAAGCAGAUAUCGUCACAGAUCCCGUCUUUGACCAGAUCGUAAAAGCGACACGCGGCAGCAGGAAGCGCCGCUUCCAGCGUGUAUGGGAGUAUUGCUCCAAGAAAAUGGUCUGCGAGGCCGACGACCCAAAGGAGGAAGACGAGAUGGGUUUCGAAGAACAGGCCAAGCCCGGUCAUGGAGGAUGCGGUCGUGUCCAGCCCAACAUCCGUCGUGAGGGUCUCAAGCUCUUUACCCAGUGGAAGAAGGGCAAGGGCGAGGACGAGGACGGAGAGGAGAACGCCAUCGCCCAGGCCGAGAAGCGUCCCUUACCCGCGUCAGAGGCACACACUAUCCUCAAAAAGAUGUCGAGCGAGGACAUUGCCGUCCUCGGUCUCUCGGAGGAGAAUGCACGUCCCGACUGGAUGGUCUUGACCGUGCUUCCCGUCCCUCCUCCUCCCGUACGACCCUCAGUGCAAGAUGGGGGUGAAGAUGACUUGACAUACAAGUUGGCCGACGUCAUCCGUGCCAACGCUACGCUCAAAAAGAUGGAGCAGGAAGGAACACCCGCGCACAUUCUCGCCGACUUUGAACAACUGCUCCAGUUCCACUGCGCCACCUUCAUGGACAACGACAUUGCAGGUCAGCCACAGGCCAUGCAGUCGAGCGGCAGGCCCAUCAAAUCGAUCCGUGCGCGUUUGAAGGGCAAGGAAGGUCGUCUGCGUGGCAACUUGAUGGGCAAACGUGUCAAUUUCUCGGCUCGAACCGUCAUUACUGGUGACCCGCUACUCGAACUCGACGAGGUCGGUGUGCCCAAGUCAAUCGCCCGCAACCUCACCUAUCCGGAGCGUGUGACGCCCUACAACAGGGCUUGGCUCUCGGAGCUGGUGCGCAACGGUCCCAACGACUAUCCUGGUGCCAAGUACGUCAUUCGCGACACGGGCGAGCGUAUCGACCUCAAAUACAACCGACGCAGCGACAUGGCUCUGCAGCCCGGCUGGAUCGUCGAGCGUCACCUCAAGGAUGGUGAUUACGUUUUGUUCAAUCGCCAGCCCUCGCUGCACAAGAUGUCCAUGAUGUCGCACAGGAUCAAGCUCAUGGACUACUCCACCUUCCGUCUCAACCUCAGUGUCACGCCCCCUUACAACGCCGAUUUCGACGGUGACGAGAUGAACUUGCACGUGCCUCAGAGCGAAGAGACGCGUGCCGAGCUCUCGCAGAUUGCCUGGGUCCCACGCCAGAUCGUCUCGCCCCAGGCCAACAAGCCCGUCAUGGGCAUCGUCCAGGACACGCUCUGCGGUAUCCGCAAAUUUUCGUUGCGUGACUGCUUGCUCGACUACCACCAGGUGCAGCAGGUGCUCUUGUGGGUCGCCGACUGGGACGGCGUGGUGCCCAUGCCUUGCAUCCUCAAGCCCAAGCCGUACUGGUCCGGUAAGCAGAUCCUGUCCAUGUGCAUCCCAAAGGGUAUCAAUGUCUUUUUGGACAAGGACAAGGGUCUCAAAAACAACUUCCUCAAGGAUGACGGUGUCUACAUCGAAAACGGCGAGAUCAUGUAUGGUGUCAUCAACAAGAAGGUUGUUGGUGCCUCGGCGGGUGGUCUCAUCCACAUUAUCUUCCGAGAAAAAGGUCCCGUCAUUUGCAAACGCUUCUUCUCGGGAGUGCAGCGCGUCGUCAACUUUUGGCUUUUGCACAACGGCUUCUCCAUCGGUAUUGGAGACACAGUCGCCGACAAGGCCACCACGGACAGCAUCAACCAGACGAUCACUGCGGCCAAAGCGGCGGUCAUGGACUACAUCAAGUAUGCCAGGCACGAUUGGCUCAAGGUCGAAGCUGGUAUGACGCUGCGAGAGUCCUUCGAAGCCAAUGUUAACCGUGUGCUCAAUCAGGCGCGAGACGACGUCGGCAACCAUGCUGAGGGCAGUUUACCCGACUUCAACAACGUCAAGCAGAUGGUGGUUUCGGGUUCCAAGGGUUCCUUCAUCAACAUCUCGCAGAUGUCGGCUUGUGUCGGACAGCAGUCCGUCGAGGGUAAGCGCAUCCCGUUCGGUUUCCGCCACCGCAGUCUGCCUCAUUUUACCAAGGACGACUUCACCCCCGAGAGUCGUGGCUUCGUCGAAAACUCGUACCUGCGAGGUCUCACGGCGCAGGAGUUCUUUUUCCACGCCAUGGCAGGUCGAGAAGGUCUCAUCGACACGGCUGUCAAGACCGCCGAGACCGGUUACAUCCAGCGUCGUCUGGUCAAGGCGCUCGAGGACGUGAUGGUGUGCUAUGACGGCACCGUGCGAAACUCGACCAACAACGUCAUCCAAUUCGCCUACGGUGAAGAUGGUAUCGACGGUGCCCAGGUCGAAACGCAGACGCUCUUGACGCUCAAGCUCAACGAUGCCGAUUUCCGCCAUAUGUUCCGCGUCGACCUGCAUGAUGGCGGCUUCAAAAAGGGCACGCUGCGUCCCGGUCUGGGCGACUGGUCGCAGGAGCUGCAAGACCUCCUCGAUGAGGAGUUCGCCCAGCUCGAGUCGGACCGCCAACUGCUCCGCACCGAGAUCUUCCAGUCGGAUCAGGUGCAGGUGCGUUUGCCCACGAACGUGGCUCGUCUGGUCCUCAACGCGCAGCAGAUCUUCCAUAUCGACCAGCGCAAGCCAAGCGAUCUCUCGCCCGCCGAGGUGAUUGUGGGUCUGCGCGACGUGCUCGACCGCUUGGUGGUGAUCCGCGGCGAUGACCCCAUCUCUCGCGAGGCGCAGCUGAACGCCACUUUGCUAUUCAAGAUCCACUUGCGGUCCUACCUCUGCUCCAAGAUGGUCAUUGAGCAGCACCACAUUAACAAGGAGGCGUGGGAGUGGAUCCUCGGUGAGAUCGAGGGCCAGUUUGCCCGUUCGGUCGCCAACCCGGGUGAGAUGUGCGGUACGCUCGCAGCCCAGUCGAUCGGAGAGCCGGCGACGCAGAUGACGCUCAACACGUUCCACUACGCAGGUGUGUCGAGUAAGAACGUCACGCUCGGUGUGCCGCGUCUCAAGGAGAUCAUCAACUGUGCAGAAAACAUCAAGACCCCCUCGGUGACGGUCUAUCUGUCCCAGCAGUACAACCAGUCGCAGGAGUCGGCCAAGGUCAUCCAGACAGCGCUGGCGCACACGACGCUGCAGACCGUCACGUCGGCGGUCGAAGUGCACUACGACCCGGACCCGUCGGCGACGGUGAUCGAAGAGGACAAGGAUUUCGUCGAAGCCUUCUUUGCCAUUCCCGACGAGGAGGUCGAGGCAAGCCUCGAGCGCCAGUCGCCCUGGCUGCUGCGUCUGGAGCUGGACCGUGCGCAGAUGCUCGACAAGAACCUUACUAUGGCCGAUGUCGCUUCCAAGAUCAGCGCCAUGUUUGGCCAAGACAUUUUCGUCAUGCAUUCCGAAGACAACGCCGAGAACCUCAUCCUGCGUAUCCGCGUAGUCGACAAUGAUCCCGAGAAGGAGGCACAGGGCGAAGAGGAGAUCUUCCUCAAGAACCUCGCCUCGCAGAUGCUCGCCGAGAUUGACCUCAAAGGUAUCAAGGGAAUCAAGAAGGUCUAUAUCGUGCAGCAGGACAACAAGACGCGCCGCAUCGACCCCGUCACGGGCGAUUGGCGGACCGUGUCCGAAUGGGUGCUCGAAACGGACGGCAGCAACCUGGCAGAGGUGCUUGCGGUCGAGGGCGUCGACGCGAUCCGGACCAGCUGCAACAACCCGGUCGAGGUGUUCCGCGUGUUUGGUAUUGAGGCGGCGCGAAACUCGCUGCUGAGGGAGACGCGUGCCGUCAUCGAAUUCGACGGUUCGUACGUCAAUUACCGUCACUUGGCGUUGCUGUGUGACAUCAUGACGAGUCAAGGCGCGCUGAUGGCUAUCACGCGUCACGGCAUCAACCGUACCAACCAGGGCGCGCUGAUGCGAUGUACGUUCGAGGAGACGGUAGAGCUGCUGAUCGAAGCGGCAUCGAUGGGUGACGUUGACGACUGCAAGGGCGUGGCACAGAACGUGCUGCUGGGCCAGAUGGCGCCCAUGGGGACGGGUGCGUUUGACCUUAACCUGGAUCUCGAGAUGCUCAAGGACACGAUUGUCAACCACGCGCUGCCGUACGACACUCUGCUGGCGACGCGUUCGCUCGAUGCAGCGGGCGGCAAGACGCCUGGAGCCAUGACGCCGUACGACUCGAGCUCGCCUGCCUCGGACGAUGCCUUCCGCGUGCACGAGCAGGCCAUGUUCAGUCCGCUGGCACAGACGGGCGGCGACGAGGGCGUCUACAACGACUACCUGCUGUCCGGUACGAGCCCCAUGCGCACGCCAUUGGGCGCACAGAGCCCGGCCGGCUACGGCUUCUCGCCUGUCUCGCCUGGAUACGUACCGACUUCGCCUGGCUAUGCAACCUCGCCUGCUGGCGCUCUGGGCGGCAUGAGCCCGUGGACGGGCAACAACGGUCUCGGCGCCACCUCGCCGGCGUACAGUCCCACUUCGCCUCGCAUCUUUGGUGGCGCCACCAGCCCAUCGUACUCGCCCACUUCGCCUAGCUACAGCCCCGCGUCGCCGAACUACUCGCCCUCGAGUCCAGCAGGUGCCGGCUACUCUCCGACAAGCCCUCGCAUGAGCCCGACGAGUCCAGCAGGUCGCUACGGCGCAGCGACGAGUCCGCAGUACUCGCCGGCCUCGCCCAAAUUUUCGCCAACGAGCCCCAACUACAGUCCCGCCAGUCCUGCGUACACACCGACCUCGCCCGUCUACUCGCCAACGUCGCCUGCCAUGGCGGGCCGAGGGGGUGCCAAGGGUUUCAGCCCCACAUCGCCCGCCUACUCGCCCACUUCGCCGCAGUACUCUCCUGCUUCGCCAGCCUUCUCGCCGACGUCACCGCAAUACUCUCCGGCCUCUCCUCAGUACUCGCCGACGUCGCCGCAGUAUUCGCCUACGAGUCCAGCGAUGGGCGGCGGCGCGUCAGGUCCUGGUGCACCUGGUGCUGGCGGUGCUGCCUCGCCGCGUCGCAGUCGCAUGUCGAACAAGCCAGCGUGGCAACGUUGA